UGGUCUAUUGAUAUUUGUUCGAACUCUUGAUAUUUUGUCCAAGCUUUUGAUAUUUUGUGAAAGCUUUUUGUGAGAAGACGAUUAUUUUUAGGAGAAAAAGUUUAUUGUCGAGUGCAGAAAUGGCGUUGAAAGUCUCUGAAAAGCAAAGUAUUAAAGGUAUGUGCAAUCCCCUGGGAUCGAACCCAAAACCUUGCGUUGUUCACGCAAUGUUCUUACCACUGAGCUACAGGAAACUAGGAACCUUUUCCUUCAUUGCAGGGUUCAAUGCCAUUGGAGGAAGCAUUAAUGUUACGGGUGAGCUCACCUCCAGCCUGUCCCAACAUCGUGUGCAUUUUGGAGUGGUUUGAGCAGCCGAAACAUUAUGUGCUGAUCAUGGAGCGUCCAGAUCCGUGCGAGGAUCUGAAGAAGUACUCCGACCGCAACGAGGAUGUGGACGAGGAGAUGGCCAAGACGGUGAUACUGCAGCUGGUCAACGCUCUGAAACACUACGAGAGCAGAGGAGUCCUGCACCGGGACGUCAAGCCCGAAAAUGUCCUCAUCUGCACAAACACGGGCGAACUGAAACUUCUGGAUUUCGGGUGUGGAGAUUUUCUGAAGGACUCGUACAGAGAGUAUGCAGGCACUGCUCUCUAUGCUCCCCCGGAGUUGUUUCGCUUCGGAGAGUAGGCUACCAAGCAAGACCUACGACCGUGUGGUCUGUAGGCAUUACUGUGUGAAGUUCUGUUCGGUUCAAUCCCGUUCUCCACCACACAGAAAAUCAUCAGACAUAGACUCUCUCUGCCGACUUUCCUCUCUAAAGGCAAGAUCAAGAGACUAAAUAAGGGAGUGAUUUGCUCUUCUUUAUUACUGAAGACAAGGACUAUGUUUCGUUGAACAGAAUGCCGACACUUGCUCCGAUGGUGUCUUCGUAAGACUCCAGAUAAACGUCCCAGUUGGGAGUAGAUCGAACAUCAUCCCUGGUUUCAGUGAAUAGGUGACCAAUAACAUUUGUUGUAUAGAAAUACUCAUUGGACAGUCAACACUGAUUUGUGUAAACUUAAGUCCUUAAAAAUGUAUCAAUUUGUUUAGUAUUAAUUUUAUUUUUGUAAGAAGAGAAUGCUUUGAAGGUAUUGUUUUGUAUGGAGGACCGGGAGUGCCUAUUAAAAUUGAAAUGACGAAUCAAGUGAUCAAUUUAAUAAUAAACCAUAAAAAUGUAAACAAAUAAGGGAGGCAUGAAAAAUUAUUGCUGGAUAAAUUGUUAUCGGUAUCGGCCAACAAUAUAAUUUAGGCCGAUAAACAAUAGCCUAUAAAUUAUAAAUAAUUUUAUUUUAAUGCAACAAGGCAAACGAUUAGAGAUCACACUCAAUCUGCAUUUUGUCUCUGUAAACGGUUUGUUUGACUGAUUGUACUGUACUAACUGUACUUUUUAACCCAUUGUACAGUUUAAUCUACAUUUAUAUUUUUUAUACUGUAUUUAUUGAUGUGUUUGUUAAAGUACAUGUUUAUUAAAUGUAUACAGCAGCAAAAUGACAAUCAAUACAGUCUUGAACUAAAAAUAUUCAGGUGCAAGGGGUUAUGGGCAUUCCUCACAGCAUACUGUACAUUUGAUAACUUUGGUUGUAAUCACACUGUGUAAAACAACAAGGCAGACACAUAGGGGCGGUGUCCCACACAGGGAUUAGGUUAAACCAGGACUAGGCCUUGGUCAAAUUGUCACAUUUAUUUAAGCAGGUUUAACAAUCAUGCCAAACGUCGCUGAUGUGCAUUUCGAGACAAACAAGGGCACU